GUUACUCUCCAGCGCCUCAGGUGAGCGGCGGCUCUGUCCGACGGCAGAGCCUGUGCCAAGCGCUUUCGGCCCUGCUUGGUACCGCUCGCUGGCACGGCCCCAAGCCGCAGAGCGGAUGACAUGUGGCGGGCUGUGGAGUCGGCAGUGAGAGGCAGAGGCUGCAGCCUCCAUGAGGCACAACCACACCAGGGAAAGAUGAGCAGAGACAUCUGCAUCCAUGCCUGGCCCUGCUCCUACUACUUGGACCUUGAGAAACGAUGGGUCCCUGGGAAGCUGUCCUUAACGUCGCUCUCACUGAAGUUCACAGCGGACAGAGCUGGUGAGGUUCUUGUUGGCUUUCCCCUCUCCAGCAUCACUGAAGUGAAGAAGGAGGCUUCACAUUUCAUCUUCAGCUCCAUCACCAUCCUGGAAAAGGACCAUGGCAAGCACUGGUUCAGCUCCUUGAGGCCCAGUCGCAAUGUAGUCUUCACCAUCAUUGAGCACUUCUGGAGGGAGCUGCUGCUAUCCCAGCCAGGAGCUGCUAUGAACACUGUGUUGUCCCCCUCAUCCCGGGGGAAGGAGCUCACUGGAUUGAUGGCUAGGUCCCAGAAGCGUCUGGAAGAUACUGCGAAGGUCCUUCACCACCAGGGUGAGCAGCUGGGCAGUGUCAUGAGGGGCCUGGAGAAGAUGGAGUCAGACCUGGAUGUGGCUGACAGAUUGCUGACAGAACUGGAAUCUCCUUCCUGGUGGCCCUUUAGCCCCAAGCUUUGGAAGAUGCCAUCAGAAUCAAAGCCCAGGGAAGAUGCCUCAGUGGCCAGUUUUGAACCUUUUGGAAAAGAAGGGCUUCUGAUUACAAUUCCCGCUAUUAUUUCUGAAACAACAGGGUCUCAAGCUAAGCCAGGAAGGCUCACCAUCCUAAUUUCUGGAUUGGAAAUCCAUGACUCCAAUUCUUUGCUCCUGCACCGAUUUGCAAGAGAAGACAUAGAUGACAUUAAGGUUCACUCACCUUAUGAAAUCAGCAUACGGCAGCGGUUCAUUGGGAAGCCAGAUGUGGCUUAUCGUGUGAUAUCUGCCAAAAUGCCAAAAGCCAUCCCCAUUCUAGAAGUGCAGUUCAGCAAGAAGAUUGAGUUGUUGGAAGACACCUCAGAGCUCAGAAGCACAGGAGUGUCUUUCCCCACAGAGAAGAGCUGCUCUGUGUGGCACACAGCUGCUGGGCUGCUGGGCCGUGCUGGGCGCCAUGAGCCAGCUGCGGGGGGCCAGGAAGGUACGCCGCUGGAGCUGCAGAGGAGUGCGCCGUUCCUUUCUGAGGAGGAAGCUGAGGAGCUGAGUGAGGAACCCAACAUCCCUUUGGCACUUUGUCUUGUCUCUGUACAUUUCAGCCUAAGCUGGCACUGUUCUGCUGAAUACAACAUUCUCAAAACCUGGUAGGUCUCCUGCGUGGGUCAGGCUUCAUCCCUCAGCACCAGUUCUGCUGCGCUGCCUGCAAUGCUCAGAAAGUCACCUCCUGUCUGUGUUCCUGCAUCUGAAACGUGUGUGUGAGUGAUGCAGCUCAGACCAGGGGUCACUCCUGUGGAUGCCUUUCUGCAGAUCCCCUCCCACCAGCAGUGUCAUCUGUGGCGCAUGUGCCACACCUGCCCCGUCUGCCCCUUUCUGAUGGCUGUAGAGGCUGAAGGGAAUAUGCUGAACCCCCUCAAGGUCACUCCUGGCCCAGGAGCUUCUCGGAGCUGGCAGUCUUGGAGGUGUCCCUCCUUCUCCAUCUCCGUGUGUUUGAGGGAGAGUAGCCCUUGCUGUCCUCCAGCCUGACCAGCACUCUGUCGCCGCCACGGGUGCCUCCAGCUGUGAGCUCCCUGGCAGGGUGAGUGCAGGGUGGUGGCCAGGCCACGAACUCAGUAGGCCAGGGAGCUGUGGCCAGCAGCCACACACGUCCCAGAGAUGGGAGGGCUUCUUCCUCUGCUUCAUUCCAAGGAAGGAGGCUGGGUGGAUUUGUUCCACAGGCACCACGUGUUUUUAAUUUAAUGGUUUAUAUUGUGGUGCCUCGUGCUUACCGCAGUGAAGUCAGUGACAGAGACAGGGUGCAUGGGGGCUGGUCUGAGAGGGGACUUAAUACAUUGCUCACUGGUCAUAGGUGUGCCUUGCUUGAUGGGCUCAGAAGUCCCAGGAGAGAUGGAGACCCCCUGAGGGGCGGGACCUCAGUCUGUCUGUGCCCCUCCCCCCGCGCUGGGAUGCCUCAGAUUUGCACGUUCUGGAGCUAGAGGGUUGAGGCGCCUGCCAACGAUGUCCUCUGCUUUGGCGGCGAACUGAAUACGGGGGCUCAAAGCUGCGCUUUUGCACGGUUCACCACAAGGGCCCUGGCCGCUGAGCUCACGUUCCCUGGCCCUGGGGCUCCAGAGUCCCCUGGAGGGGAGAGAGGACGCCCUGGGCCCAGAAUGCGGGGAGCUGGGGGAGCAAUGUGCUGCACACACGGGCUUCCAGAAGGUUCCGUGGGGCAAGGCAUGAAGCUGUAGCCUGUUGACUCCACAGUAUCUGGGUUGGGGAGCAAUGAGGAUGGAGCAGGGAUUCCUUGAACACAGCCUGCUUUGUCACAACAGUCGCUCUGAUAGCCAAGCAGGACAGGGGGACCCCCCGCGGGGGCGGGUGGGGGGGAUGGGCGGGCAGACUGGGCAGCUGGAGGUUAAUGCACCACCCAGAGUGGCUUCUGACUUAGAACCUGAGAACCCUUUGUCCCUGGGAGCCUGGGUGAGGGGGCCUGGGUGGCUGAGGUUUUCGGCCGACACCCGCGCCGAGGCGUCACCAGGGCCGGGCAGGCGCGCGUGUCCGGUCCCCGGGGCGAGGGGGGUGUGCUGACCAUGACCACACUGCAGGCUCUCCAGAAAGCAUGACGCGCACUCUAGGCCGCCUCGGAGCGCAGCCUGGACAAACAAGUGAUCACCCUACAGGCUCCGAAGAAGCGCCUGCUCGGACACACGGAUGCCGCUGCCUCCGCCGCCGCCGCAGCCGCCGCCGCCUCCCAGCUUCCUCUCUCCACGAGGUCCUCAGUCCCUUAAGAACCAGGCCCCUCCCCUCCGGCGCCGCUGGCCGCAGGGUGCGCGCGGCGUGGGGCGGAGCGCAGGGCGGGGCAGCCGGGACCUUGGCCUCGGACCUCACACGGGGGCCGGGCGCCGCGGCAGGGCCCGGGUCACAGAGCUACUGGCAGACCUGGGCGGGCGUAGGCGGGGCAGGCUUCGGUGGCCGUGGGCGGGUAGAGGCGAGACUCAGGUGCGGACCUGAGCGGCGGGCUUUGCCUGGGUAGAGGGAUCCAGCGGCGACAAGGGCUUCCAGGCCGAGGAGGAGAGGUUAGGGUUACCUGUGAGGAGAAGGGAUGAAUAUGCUGAUCCAUGGCCCAGGGCUUGUGGGCGCGGGCGGGAGAGCUGUGCUCAGGUGUCGAGGGAGGGGCCCCAGCGGAGGCCUAGCCUGUGCUAAGAGUCGGGGAAGCCCAGUGGGGGCAGGGAAUGACCAAUUGGUGCUCCACGAAAUGGUCUGGAAUGUCUCUGAGGCGGUCCUGGUACAUCCAGGGCAGCAACCCACGCAAGCGGGUUUUAUGGCCCCAAGGGAGAGUCCAGGAGGGGGCAGGGCACCCCCGGCCCUCGCAGGAGCAGCAGCCACUCACCUGGGGACAGAUCCCGCACCAACGGGCGCCUCCCGUCAGCCAGGUGUUCCUGAUGAGGGGCCUUCAGCCGAGUGGACCCUCCGCAAGGAGUCAAGUAGGAGUUCUGGGACCCUGCACCUUCAAUUCCUGUGGGGCCGGCCCAGGGGCCUCGCUUCCUGGUAUGGGUGCAGGUCAUUCUUGGUUCCAAGGAGACUCAGUGGCAUCUUCCAUUCCCAGCUGUGUUGUGGGGUGCCUCCCUCAGCCAGCCUGGUCCCCAGGGCCGUGUGGGUGCUGGGGUCCUGAACUGGCUUAUGAUUCCCAGCAGCUGCUCCUUGCCAGGUGAGUGUGUGUGGUGUGACUCGGGGCCAGCAGGCAACAGAACCAACCUGCCCAAGACUGGGUCCCACUUGUGUCCCCUUAACCUCUAUGAGUAGGGUGCUAAUGUCCUGCUGGGGCGUAGAGAGGGGGCAGGCAGGGUGGGAGUCCAGGCAUGCAUGGGUGCAGGGUCCUCAUUCUUCCUGGUGGGGCCUCCUGCUCCAGGGACCAGUUAGUCUGCCAGGAUCUCACCUGAGCUGGGGAUCUCUCCUUGCUAGGACCCCGUAUGACCCAGAGAAGCUGGAUCUUGAGGAGCUGGGGGCUGGGAGGAGUCUCCUGGCAUCCCUUAGAGCUCUGCUGUGCUGGGAUCAGGCGCUCUUUUGCACUCAGAGACAGAGACAAGCAGCCCCUACUCCUACCAAGGCCAGAACCCAAGCCAGCAGUCCCAGAACAAGUCAUGUGGGGAAGAAGGCUGGAAGCCACAUCCCUGCUCCACUUCCCAGGAGACCCCACCCUGGGGCCCCCUCCUGGGGGCUCACAUGUGGGAUGAGGGGGCCAGGAUCAGGUUUCCUUAUUUGCCUGACAAGUUCACUUAGCAGAGCAGGGCCUGAGUCCCGCUGUAAUCAGAACCAGCUGUGCCGUGUGCUGGGGCGUGGGGAAUGCCUCUGCAGGAACACAUGACUUCCCCAGGGAAAGUCUGCUGUGACUCUUCACCCUGCAGUCAGGGACACAGGCCCAGCACACACAGCAGCAGCAACAGAACCCAUUCAGGGCCCUCCCCUAGGGACACCACUGUGGCGGGACCAGCGUGGCCCAGGAGGACUCUGCCUGCCUGUGUCCCACUGUCUUCAACAAGGCCUGAGCUGGGGACUCCUCAGUCAACAGUGAGGGGUCAGGAGGAGACCAGGGAGUCCCAGUCCUGAGCUGUGGCCAUGGUGGGGCUUCACACAGUGAGAGUGACUCAGGCCCAGCAGCGUAGGCUGUUUGUGGAAACUCUCACCGCGGUGGCACAGAGAACUCAACUCCAGGAGCCACUUUGUGCACCUGCAGUGGAGGAUCCAGGCACAUCCAGGUCACCUGAUGGACUCCCACCACGGCUGCAUUGGCACUGCCAUCUUGAAAUCUGUCUCCUUCUGCCCCAGCACCCUAUGGCUUAGAACAGUGCCCCAUGUCUUCAUGACCCUGUGACUGGCUGGAGGAGGAUCAGCUGGGGCUGGACACCAGGGCACCCUCACACACAGAAGAAGGAGUGGGCUGAGCAUCUGUGUGUUUGGUGAGGGCUGGGUAAGGACCCUUUAGAAGUCAGCUUGGCUUCUGGUUGGGCUGAGAGUCCAUGGGAGGGGCUAGGGCUGGGUCACAGCAGGGUGAGAGGGAGACUGAGGCUGCGCUGGGAGCUGGGGAUGACUCGGAUCUGGAGGAGGAACCAGGUAUGACAAGGCAGGAAUGACUCUGGAGACAGCAGCUUGGUCAAACACCUGUGCUCCAGUCCCGGGGACGCAGGAGGGCGAUGGAUCAAGAAGUCCUCACUGACCCUCUGACCUCUUCCUGUGUCUGCGCAUCCUCCCAUUGUGCUGCUUCUAACAGCACCAGGCUGGUGAGAGCUUCAUUUCUCCCACUCUCUUUUCCUGAUCAGCCUGACCCAAUGCUCAGCCUCACAAGUAACAGUGAAUUGCCCCUAUUUUGACCGGCUGAUCUGUGUUCACCACAACUUUCCUCUAAUGGGCCAGAGGAGCUGCACCUGUGCAUUCCUAUAGUCCCUGUUCACUUCUGCCGCUGUCACAGGACAGCAGGCGUCAGCUGAUAGGUGAAUGAGUGAGGAGAGCGUGACCCAGAGAUUUCUGUGAAUGCUGAUACUUGAAUUUUAUGUAAUUUUCACAUGUGGUGGUAGUCUUCUUGUGAUUUUUCCCCCUAACAUGUUUAAAAUGUCAAAAUUAUUCCUGGCUGGCAACUGCCCAAUGACAGGUGCAAGCGGUGCAAGGUUUUUUUGUUUUUUGUUUGUUUUUUUGUUUGUUUUUUGUUUUUUGGUUUUUUUUCAGAUUUAGUUAGGGGCCGGUGCUAUGGCAUAGCGGGUAAAGCCACCGCCUGCAGUGCCAGCAUCCCAUAUGGGCACCGGUUCGAGACCUGGCUGCUACACUUCUGACCCAGCUCUCUGCUAUGGCCUGGGAAAGCAAUAGAAUUUACCCAAGUCCUUGGGCCCCUGCACCCACAUGGGAGACCCAGAGGAGGUGCCUGGUUCCUGGCUUUGGAUCAGCACACCUCCAGCAACUGCCAGUUGGAGAGUGAACCAAUGGAUGGAAGACCUCUCUCUCUUUUCCUUUCCUCUCUCUGUAUAACUUUUUAUUUUAUUUUAUUUUUUUCUUUUUUGACAGGCAGAGUGGACAGUGAGAGAGAGACAGAAAGGUCUUCCUUUGCCAUUGGCUCACCCUCCAACGGCCACUGUGGCCAGCGCGCUGCGGCUGGCGCACCACGCUGAUCCGAAGGCAGGAGCCAGGUGCUUCUCCUGGUCUCCCAUGGGGUGCAGGGCCCAAGUACUUGGGCCAUCCUCCACUGCACUCCCUGGCCACAGCAGAGAGCUGGCCUGGAAGAGGGGCAACUGGGACAGAAUCCGGCGCCCUGACCGAGACUAGAACCCAGUGUGCCAGCGCCGCAGGUGGAGGAUUAGCCUAUUGAGCCAUGGCGCCGGCUCUCUGUAUAACUUUUUUAUAGAUUUGGUUAUUUAUUUGAAAGGCAGAGGCAGAGAGAGAGAGAGGUCCUCCAUCCGCUGGUUCACUCCCAAGAUGGCCGCAAUGGCUGGAGCUGCGCUGAUCCAAAGCCAGGAGCCUGGAGCUUCCUCUGGGUCUCCCACACUGGUACAGGAGCCCAAGGACUUGUGCCAACUGUUU